AUGGGACUGACAAAGUGCCCUGACGCGCCCUUGCUCACCUUCUCGGUGCUGGAGCCCGGCAGCCCCGGAGGCUGCUCGCAGAAGCGCCGGACCACUGUGGAGGAGACGGCGCGGGGGGCGGCCUGCAGCGUAGCCCAGAACGGCGGCUUCUUCCGCAUGAACUCCGGCGAGUGCCUGGGGAACGUGGUGAGCGACGGACGGCGGGUGAGCAGCUCCGGGGGGCUGCAGAACGCGCAGUUCGGGAUCCGCCGCGACGGGACCCUGGUUACCGGGUACCUGUCUGAAGAGGAGGUGCUGGACACUGAGAAUCCAUUCGUGCAGCUGCUGAGCGGGGUUGUUUGGCUGAUUCGCAAUGGGAGCAUCUACAUCAACGAGAGCCAGGCGGCCGAGUGCGAUGAGACACAGGAGACAGGUUCCUUCAGCAAGUUUGUGAAUGUGAUGUCGGCCAGGACGGCCGUGGGCCAUGACCGUGACGGGCAGCUGGUGCUCUUCCACGCAGAUGGACAGACAGAGCAGCGAGGCGUCAACCUGUGGGAGAUGGCGGAGUUCCUGCAGGGACAGGGUGUGGUCAAUGCCAUCAACCUGGACGGGGGCGGCUCUGCCACAUUUGUGCUCAACGGGACCUUGGCCAGUUACCCGUCAGAUCACUGCCAGGACAACAUGUGGCGCUGUCCGCGCCGCGUGUCCACCGUGGUGUGUGUACAUGAGCCUCGCUGCCAGCCGCCCAACUGCAGCGGCCAUGGGACGUGCUUGGAGGGCCACUGCAAGUGUGAGGGGCCCUUCUGGCGGGGCGCCACCUGCAGCGAGCUGGACUGCGGCCCGGCCAACUGCAGUGGCCAUGGGCUAUGUACAGAGGCUGGCUGCCGCUGCGACGCCGGAUGGAUGGGGUCCAACUGCAGUGAAGAGUGUCCCCUUGGCUGGUAUGGGCCAGGCUGCCAGAGGCCUUGCCAGUGUGAGCACCAGUGUCCCUGUGACCCCCAGACGGGGAACUGCAGCACAUCCCGAGUGAAGCAGUGUCUGCCGCCAUCGGAGGUCACCCCGAGGGCCGGAGAGCGCACCCUUUUCACCAGGACCACCUGGCUGGCCCUCACCCUGACCCUGGUGUUCCUGCUGCUGCUCAGCGUUGCAGCCAAUGUAUCCUUGCUGCUGGGCUCCAGGGCAGAGAGGAACCGGCACCUGGACGGGGACUACGUGUACCACCCACUGCAGGAAAUGAAUGGCGAGCUCCUGGCCACCGAGAAGGAGCAGCCUGGGGACGCCCACCACCCCUUCAAGGACUGAGCCCUGAGCUGCCCGAUGGCCUGUCCAAAGGCCUAUGUCUCCACAGUCCUGCUUUUGCAGGGGAGGGUCUGGAGCCACUGCCGCCAGCACUGCAGCCAAAGCUCCCAGCGGCCCUUGUGCUCCAGCCCCUGCUUGUCCACCUGCCGUGGCAUGGGCCACCCAGCAAUACAGCAAUACGGUGUCCCAGAGAGACCACUCCUGCUUCGCCACCUGCCUGUAUCUGCUGCUCAGAGACCUGUCCCCCAGGGGGACUUGCACUGCUGCCAAAGAGUCCCCAGUCUCCUGGGAAGAGGCGCUAGUGAACUGAACUCGCUGAUGGAAUCAUGACGAGCAGAUCCCAGCCACCCCCUGCACAGGGGUGAGCUAAAGGUACGAGUCUCCUCUUCUGGCCACAUCACGCUGACCUCAUCACCGAUUUGCCAGCUAGAAUUGUCUUGCUGUCAUGGGAAGCUCCUCAGGAGAAGGGCAGGUGGGAGGGAUGGUGCUGCCCUGUUUACAGACCUGCUGUUUCAUCUUCCUGCCGCCAGAGGAUUUUUCUAGCCCUUGAAUAAAUUGAUACUAAAAGGAA